AACUAAUAGCAACUAUAAAAGGACAAGUGCUGACAGGUAGCUCACAUUAGCUCUUGAGGAUGGAUGUUGUCUCCAUGGGGACUGUGAGGAUGUCCCAGAUGUGGAUGCUGAGAUGGGUCGUCCUGCUGAUGGGGCUGCAGUCGGUACAAGCAGACUUCUUGGGGGAUUAUGGGGAUAUCAUGAAGGAUCCAUUGGACUUUACAACCUGGCCACCACCAACAACAACAGUGUUCCCAAUGACGACUGUGAUGGUAACAAAAGUUCAACCGAAUCCUGAUCAUCAGUCCACGGUCUGCAGCACAUGGGGAAAUUUCCACCUCAAGACCUUUGAUGGUCAAUUCUUUCAAGUGCCAGACACGUGCAACUAUGUUAUGGCGGUGAUGUGUGACGCUGCCACAUCUGAUUUUAACAUCCAAAUGCAAAGAGAGACUGUGAAUGGCUCAAUCACUUUCAGCACAGUCACAAUAAAGCUGGAGGGGACAAUCAUCAAAAUCACUAAUGGCGACAUCACCAUGGAUGAUCAAGCGGUGUCGAUUCCAAUCAGUCAGAAUGGAAUUAAAAUUGAAGGAACCCCAACAAGUAUUAAAGUCUCCAGAUAUGGAAUAACUGUCUUCUGGGAAGAAGACAACUCUAUAUUGAUUGAACUUGCAGAGAAGUACAAAGGUCAGACCUGCGGACUCUGUGGAAACUACAACGGCAACAAGAAUGACGAUAUCACUGAAAGUGGCCCAGCCACCUGGAAGGUUUCCACACCAACUGAAUCCUGUGAGGAUGUUACACUUCCUCCUGGGGAUCAGUGUAACCAGCACAUAAGUGUUUGCCAGCAGUAUCUCAGCAGUCCAGGGUUCGCUGUUUGUGCUUGUGUAGAUGACCUGUGUCGGUGUUACGCCAACCACGACUGUCUCUGCAACACGCUCACAGAGGUUUCACGACAGUGCACUCAUGCUGGAGGAAUACCAGGAACAUGGAGGACAGAACAGCUUUGUCCAAAGAAGUGUCCUCUGAACCUGCAAUACAUGGAGUGUGGGAGUCCGUGCAAGAACACCUGCUCAGAUCCGACCACAAGUCUACUGUGUAAAGAACACUGUGUGGAUGGCUGUUUUUGCCCUAAAGGCACCGUGGAAGACGAUAUUGGUCAGAGUGGCUGCGUUCCUGUGAACGAAUGCCCUUGUGUGCAUGACGGCACAGUAUUUCAAUCAGGAGAGUCUUACAAACAAGCUUGCAAAAAAUGUGUGUGCGCCGCUGGACACUGGACUUGUACAUACCUGGAUUGUCCCGGAAUCUGCUCUGUUGUUGGAGGGUCUCACGUCACCACUUAUGAUGGAAAGACCUUCACUUUCAGCGGCAACUGUGACUACAUCCUCACUAAGCAUUCUAAUGACAGUGAUAUUGCUGUCGUGGGAAACCUGGCCAAGUGUGAUCCGGCCCGAACAGACACAUGUCUAAAUUCAGUUACCCUUGUAAUUUCGGGGACCACUAUUAGUUUUGCCUCCAAUGGCGUUGUGACACUGAAUGGAAACAGUCCAUAUAAGAUUCCUGCCACCACAGGUCCUGUGAGCAUCUUCCAGCCCUCGUCCUCUUUCAUCAUUGCUGAUAUGAAGAGUCUUCGUCUGGAGAUCCAGUUGGCUCCAGUCAUGCAGUUGUAUAUUGUAGCCAGCACUGAAGAGAAAGGAAAGAUGAGUGGUCUAUGUGGAAACUAUAAUGAUGUCCAAUCAGAUGACUUCAAAACAGAGUCUGGUAUCAUAGAGGGCACACCAAUAACGUUUGUCAACUUUUGGAAGAAAAACCCAUACAGUUGUCCAGAUCUUGAAAACACAUUUGACAACCCCUGUAGCUUGAGUGUGGACACAGAGAAACCUGCUAAAGACUGGUGUUCCCGUCUUACAAACAGCAGCGGAGUCUUUUCCGCAUGUCAUUCAGAAAUAUGUCCUGAGAUUUUCUACCAAUGGUGUGUCUAUGACACCUGCAAAUGUGCAGAUAUUAGGGAGUGUAUGUGUGCGGCCGUGUCCAACUAUGCCCAUGCCUGUGCUGCCAGAGGAAUCAUUCUCCAGGGCUGGAUGGAUUCUGACCCCUGUGUAUCUGAGUGUUCAGAAAACAUGAAGUACUCCUACGGUGUGUCCAGCUGUGGCAGCACCUGCCGCUCUCUCAGUGAACCAAGUAACACUUGCCCAGGGUCCUUCACACCUGUAGACGGCUGCGUCUGUUCUGAGGGAACCUACCUUAAUGAAGUUGGCAGUUGUGUGCCUGCCCACCAGUGUCCUUGUUACAAAGGCAACCAGGUCAUAGAACCAUCGGGAACAUCAAACAUAGAUGGUGUUGCAUGCACCUGUACCCUUGGAAAAUUGCACUGCUCCAGUCAAGAAGACUGUGUGGCUCCAAUGGUCUAUUUCAAAUGCUCAAAUUAUGAACCUGGAACAAAAGGGACAGAGUGUCAGAGGACCUGUCAGAACCAAGACCUAAACAACUGCGUGAGUACAGGGUGUGUAUCAGGGUGUAUGUGUCCAGAUGACCUUCUGGCUGAUGGAAAAGGUGGGUGUGUGAAGAGGACAAACUGCACCUGUGUCCACAAUGGACUCAGCUAUUCACCUGGAGAGCAAGUUCAAGAGGACUGUAACACCUGCACAUGCACAAAUGGGAUGUGGACGUGUACAGAUAAUGAGUGUUAUGGCACCUGUACCAUCUAUGGUGAAGGUCAUUUUAUGACUUUUGAUGGCAAGAAAUAUUCUUUCCCUGGAGACUGUGAACACGUCUUAGCCCAUGAUAACUGCAAUAAUGACCAGAGUCCAUAUUAUCUACGCCUGGUCACAGAGAACAUCCCCUGUGGCACCAGUGGCACCAUUUGCUCCAAAUCCAUCAAUCUUUUCUUUGGGAGAUACAAGAUGAUUUUAUCGGAGGAGAAUGGGAUCAAAGUUGUUGAAAGCAAUGGCACUGAUUACCUAUAUCAAAUCCAUACUGCUGGAAUAUACAAUGUCAUAGAGGUCAAAGGUCUUUUGAACUUAAUCUGGGACAAUAAAACGAGUCUGAUGCUCCAACUCCAUCCUAAAUUUAAGGGCAAGACAUGUGGACUGUGUGGAAACUUUGACGGUAAUGCGAACAAUGACUUUGUGAAGCAUGAUGGAGAAGAGGUCACUGAUGCAGUGGCAUUUGGAAACAGCUGGAAGGUGAAUCCCAGCUGUCCAGAAGUGAGCAAUGUGAUGAAUCCAUGUGAAAAAAAUCCACAUCGGAGUGCCUGGGCUAUCAAACAAUGCAGCAUCAUCACAAGCUCUGUCUUUACAGACUGCCAUUCACGUGUGGAUUCUGGCCCAUACUAUGAUGCCUGCGUAAGGGACACCUGUGCAUGUGACAGUGGGGGUGACUGUGAUUGUUUCUGUACUGCUGUGGCAGCUUACGCUGCUGAAUGCCGUAAAAAAGGAUCUUGUGUGGCAUGGCGGAGCCCAAGCAUAUGUCCUUUAUUCUGUGACUACUACAACAGCCCUCCAGAUGAAUGUGAAUGGCACUAUAAAACCUGUGGAUCCAGCUGCAUGAAAACUUGCAGUAACCCAUCUGGAAAUUGUUCUAGUCAAAUUCCUCUUCUAGAGGGGUGUUUUCCUCGGUGCCCAUUAGAAAGGCCAUUUCUGAGGGAGGACACAAUGAAAUGUGUUAAAAAGGCAGAAUGUCUUUCUCUGUGUACCUAUGAUGGGAAAAUAUACACUACUGGACAAGUGGUGUACGAUACAACAGAUGGGAACGGCACAUGUUUUAAGGCUGUGUGUGAUGUUAACGGCACGAUAAUAAGACAUAUUAAUAAAUGCAUGACAACAACCAAGCCAUUCACUUUCACAACUCCACCACAAACUACUAAAACAACAAUUAUAAUAACAGUGGCAAAGACUUCCACCUCGACACCGACUACAGUAACGCUAACAACGCCAGAAAUGCAAUCAACGCCAUCUUCAACUGCUGGUCAAACUUCACCAGGAAUUUCUACUACUGCUCUUACUUCACCAAAACCAUCUACAGAAACACCACCUCCCACAGGAACAGAAACACCAUCCACUGUUACUACAACUGCUGGUCCAUCAACACCUAUAUCAUCAGGAGUUUCUACUACUGCUGUUACUGCUCCAACACCAUUUACAGAAACACAACCUCCCACAGGAACCAAAACACCAUCAACAUCUGCUUCAACUGUUGGUACACCAACACCAACAUCACCAGAAAUUUCUACUACUGCUGUUACUUCUGAAACACCAAUCACAGAAACACCACCUCCUACACAAACAGAAACGCCAUCAACGGCAACAACAACUGCUGGUCCACCGACACCUACAUCACCAGGAGUUUCUACUACUGCUGUUACUGCUCCUACUCCAUCUACAGAAACACCACCUCCCACAGGAACAGAAACACCAUCAACAGCUACUACAACUGCUGGCACACCAACAUCACCAGAAAUUUCAACCACUGCUGUUACUGCAGAAACACCAAUCACAGAAACACCACCUCCAACACAAACAGAAACACCAAAAACAGCAACAACAACUGCUGGACCACCUACACCUACAUCACCAGGAGUUUCUACUACUGCUGUUACUGCUCCUACUCCAUCUACAGAAACACCACCUCCCACAGGAACCGAAACACCAUCAACAGCUACUACAACUGCUGGUACACCAACAUCACCAGAAAUUUCAACCACUGCUGUUACUGCAGAAACACCAAUCACAGAAACACCACCUCCUACACAAACAGAAACGCCAUCAAUGGCAACAACAACUGCUGGUCCACCGACACCUACAUCACCAGGAGUUUCUACUACUGCUGUUACUGCUCCUACUCCAUCUACAGAAACACCACCUCCCACAGGAACAGAAACACCAUCAACAGCUACUACAACUGCUGGUACACCAACACCAACAUCACCAGAAAUUUCAACCACUGCUGUUACUGCUGAAACAACACAGACAGAAACACCAGCCACAACACGAACAGAAACGCCAUCAACAGCAACAACAACUGCUGGUCCACCGACACCUACAUCAACAGCAGUUUCUACUACUGCUGUUACUGCUCCAACACCAUCUACUGAAACACAAACUCCCACAGGAACCGAAACACCAUCCACAUCUACUACAACUGCUGGUACACCAACACCAACAUCACCAGAAAUUUCUACUACUGCUGUUACUUCUGAAACACCAAUCACAGAAACACCACCUCCUACACAAUCAGAAACGCCAUCAACGGCAACAACAACUGCUGGUCCACCGACACCUACAUCACCAGGAGUAUCUACUACUGCUGUUACUGCUCCUACUCCAUCUACAGAAACACCUCCUCCCACAGGAACCGAAACACCAUCAACAGCUACUACAAGUGCUGGUACACCAACACCAACUUCACCAGAAAUUUCUACUACUGCUGUUACUGCUGAAACAACACAGACAGAAACACCACCCACAACACGAACAGAAACGCCAUCAACAGCAACAACAACUGCUGGUCCACCGACACCUACAUCACCAGCAGUUUCUACUUCUGCUGUUACUGUUACGACACCAUCUACAGAAACACCACCUCCCACAGGAACAGAAACACCAUCCACAGCUACUACAACUGCUGGUACACCAACACCAACAUCACCAGUAAUUUCAACCACUGCUGUUACUGUUGAAACACCAAUCACAGAAACACCACCCACAACACAAACAGAAACACCAUCAACAGCAACAACAACUGCUGGACCACCUACAUCUACAUCAACAGGAGUUUCUACUACUUCUGUUACUGCUCCUACUACAUCUACAGAAACACCACCUCCCACAGGAACAGAAACACCAUCAACAGCUACUACAACUGCUGGAACACCAACAUCACCAGAAAUUUCUACUACUGCUGUUACUUCUGAAACACCACAAACAGAAACACCACCCACAACACAAACAGAAACACCAUCAACAGCAACAACAACUGCUGGACCACCUACAUCUACAUCAACAGGAGUUUCUACUACUUCUGUUACUGCUCCUACUCCAUCUACAGAAACACCAUCUCCUACAGGAACAGAAACACCAUCCACAGCUACUACAACUGCUGGUACACCAACACCAACUUCACCAGAAAUAUCUACUACUGCUGUUACUGUAGAAACACCAAUCACAGAAACGCCACCUCCGACACAAACAGAAACGCCAUCAACAGCAACAACAACUGCUGGUCCACCGACACCUACAUCACAAGGAGUUUCUACUACUGCUGUUACUGCUCCUACUCCAUCUACAGAAGCACCACCUCCCACAGUAACCAAAACACCACCCAUAUCUACUACAACUUCUGGUACACCAACACCAAGAUCACCAGAAGUUUCUACUACUGCUCUUACAGCUACAACAUCAUCUAUAGAAACACUACCUCCCACAGGAACAGAAACACCUCUGACACCAUCAACAAUUACUACAACCAUUGCUACAUCAACAGUUUUGACAGGAACACCUACAGUGACAGAAUUGCCAUCAACCAAGUUCACGGUAUAUACAAAAUCAACACCUGAAAUAACACAUGGUACAUCACCUCAAAUUGUCAUCACAACAAUCUGUCACUGUACAUUUGCAAAUCAAACUUUCCCACCUGAGUCAAUCAUUUACAACAAAACUGAUAAAGCAGGCUGGUGCUACUUCGCUUACUGCAGCUCCAACUGUGUUAGUGAAAUAACACAGAAACCAUGUCCUCAGACUACUACGAUUCCAGUUUCAACUGUUCCAAAUGACUGUACUGAUGUCAAAAGAAAGAAUGGAGAGACAUGGAAAGAGGGAUGUACCACUAAAACCUGCAUAAAUGGGAAUGUUACCACAAGGCCUGUACAGUGUGAUCCAGCGGAUUCUGUCAUACCUACAUGUGUCAACGGACUUAAGCCUGAGAAGGUUAAUUAUAACAAUGGCUGCUGCGCUAAGUACGAGUGUCUAUGUCGAUGCAGUGGCUGGGGUGACCCUCAUUACAAUACGUUUGAUGGAAAAUAUUAUGCUUUCCAAGGAAACUGCGACUAUGUGUUGGUCCGGGAAAUCAUUCCAAGACACAAUAUCAGUGUCCAUGUUAAAAAUUAUUAUUGCGAUAUUACAAAUAAUUUUGCUUGUCCAGAGUAUGUGACUGUGAAGUACAAAUCCUAUGAAAUCAAGCUAGCAAGUAACAGUAAAGAGAUACAGGUUUACGUCAAUGGCGCUGUUAAAGUCCCAACUUUCUUGAAUGAAGAUUUCAGCAUCACUACAUCUGGCAUGGCAGUGAUUUUGAACAUUAAUGAAAUCAAAGCUGAGAUUUUAGUCAGUCAUCAAGGCUUUGAGAUCAAUCUCCCGUUCUCCUACUUCCAUGGUAAUACAGAGGGACAGUGCGGUGUUUGUGACAAUGAUGCCACAAAUGACUGCAGACGUCCCGAUGGAACAACUGACCAGUCAUGUGAGAAAAUGGCAGCAUUGUGGGCGGACUCCCCAGAAUGUGAAAACCCUCCACCACAUCCAAGCGAACCUCUUCCUACCUGCACAGCACAAAUCUGUGAGGUCAUCAAGAGCGAUUUGUUCAAGAACUGUCAUGACAUCGUUCCCUAUCAAAGCUACUAUGAGGCAUGUAAAUAUGAUGUGUGCUACAAGAAAAAUGACUCCAUGGCCUGUGCCAGUGUGGAGGCCUAUGCACAGCAAUGCGGCCAGCAGUCUAUAUGUGUGGACUGGAGAAACUCAGCUGACCUCAGCGGGCUAUGUGCAUACAAAUGUGCUGAUCACAAAGUCUACAAGGCAUGUGGGCCUAAAGUUGAAAAGACCUGCAGUACAAGAUACAAUGAGAUGUUUGUGGAAGACCAAAGCAAAACUGACCAUCAAACAUUUGUGGAGGGUUGUUUUUUUAAUAAAAAUUGAUAUGUAGUUAGUUGUAAAAAAGAUUUGUUGGCACCUACUUGCGAUUGCAUUGGCCCCGAUGGGUUACCAAGACAGCCGGGAAAUACAUGGAUCAUGAACUGUACAACAUACAAAUGCUCCACUGAAAGCUUUGGUGUUGUUCAAGAGCCUAUGAAAUGUCCAACCAUAGAGCCUUGUGGCCACGAAUACAAAAGCAUCAUUGAAAACUGCUGUCCAACCUGUGUGUGUGAUACCAGCCGGUGUUCCAUGAAGUGUGAUGUGGGAUAUGAGUUAGCAGCAGAGAUACCCAAGGGCAGUUGCUGUCCAUCAUGUGUGCCCAAAGAUGUAUGUGUGCACAAUAACACUGAGUACCAGCCUGGAGUUAAAAUCCCUACAGAGCCUUGUUUGGAAUGUUACUGCCAAAUGGAUAAAGACCCACAAACCAAACGACAUUCUGUGGCAUGUGUUAAUAAAGUCUGUUCACCCUGUCCUAAGGGCUUUGAGCGUGUAGAACAAAAAGGAGAGUGCUGUGGAAUAUGCAAGCAAUUCAGCUGCGUUUAUACUGCUUCAGACAACACCACUCAUAUUCUCCAGGUUGGAGAAGUUUCAAAAAAUGCAACAAAUAACAGAUGUGAGAAUAUUACCUGCAGUAAAAUGAAUGGUUUGUUUGUGACAGAGAAGAUCACACCAAAAUGCCCUUAUUUCAAUCCAGAUGACUGUGAGCCUGGAACUGAGAGAUAUGAUGCAGAUGGAUGUUGCAAGAUCUGUAAGCCCAAGACUUGCAUUGUUUUGAAGAACACAACGCAUGUGGAUGUAAAUGACUGCAAGUCCACCCACCCCAUAGAAGUGACAUCCUGCAGUGGUCACUGUGGCACCCAAUCAAUGUAUUCAAUGGAAAAGAACAGCAUGAUGCACAUCUGUUCUUGUUGCCAAGAGGAGAAAACCAGCCAUCGACAGGUGACGCUGAAGUGUGCCAAUGACAGCGAGAUCAUUCAUGACUAUAUUUACAUUGAGAGCUGCACAUGCACUCCUAAAAAGUGUAUAGACUAGAAGGCCUGAAGACUUGAUAAAAGAUGCUGAUCUUAAAGCUUUUCAUUUGAUUAUUGCUGAUGUGAACUAAAUUACUUAAGAGAUAUUUGAAAUAAGGAGCACAGCAAGGAAUUCAUGCUUUUAUUCUAGGGCUAGGAUUUUCACUUUAAAUAUGAUCUUAAACGUUUAAAUUAUCUGUAACAAAACUAUUUAAAUUGUCUUUUCUGUGGUAUAAUGAGAGUUCUGUGUAAUUUUGAUGAAAUAAGUGAAUGUUUAACACAAUAAAGAAGUUAACCAGCAACAAAAAAA